AUGGAUGUUAUUAGUAAGCGAAUCAGUCUCACUGCCUGGGGGCGCCUCUACGGGUUUGACAAGGCGACCACGGCCCGGUUGCACAAGCAGGGCAGGUUGCCUCCUGAGCUCCAGGUCGAGACCCUGCCCACGGGGCGCCAUUUCGUCAUCGUCCCCCCGGACAACAUGGGCCGCUGCGUGGUCUAUGCCCGGGUUUCCUCUGCUGAUCAGAGGGACGAUCUGGACCGGCAGGUGGGCCGGGUUGUUGAGUGGGCCACCGGGCAGGGGCAUCGUCCUGACGAGGUCGUCAAGGAAAUCGGCUCGGGUCUUAACGGGAACCGGAGUAGGCUCCGCAGGCUGGUGGCCGACCCCCUGGUGAAAACCAUAGUGGUGGAACACCGGGAUCGUCUUUGUCGCUUUGGCUUUGAGUACCUUGAGGCUUCCCUGAUGGGUCGGGGUGCCCGCAUCCUGGUGAUGGACGAUGCCGAAUUGGAGGAUGACCUGGUGCGGGAUGUCACCGAGGUGAUGACGUCGUUGUGCGCUCGGCUGUACGGACGGCGUUCGGCCCGGCGUCGUGCGGAGCGGGCGCUGGCAGCUGCCGCGGGAGAUGGUCCGUGA